AUGCCAAUGUCCAUGGAAACCGAGUUCGAGGAGCUGGAUGCGAACGAGGGGUGGGCCGAAGCCCACCUCGAGGUAUCAGACCAAUGCCGCGACUACUACGCUUCCGUGGGGAGGACCUGGGAGAACAGAUCCCGCAACCGUUACCCAGACCUGACCCCUUACGACCACAGCCGGGUCCGAGGCGGGGACGAGUACAACGACUACAUCAACGCCAGCUUUGUGGUGAUGGAGGCGGCCCAGAGGAAGUACAUCCUGACGCAGGGGCCCCUGCCCAACACCUUCGGCCACUUCUGGCUCAUGGUGUGGCAGCAGAACACCAGGGCCGUGGUCAUGCUCAACAGGGUGACGGAGAAGAACCCCGUCCAGAGUUACCAGUACUGGCCCUCCAGCUCGGGCCAGACCCUCCUCUUCGAGGAGGCGGGGAUCACGGUGCACAUGCUGAGGGAGGAGGUGAAGUCCCACCACACGAUCCACUACCUGCGGCUGCAGAACAUGAUGACGGGGGAGGCCAAGUCCAUCUCCCACUUCCAUUUCACCAGUUGGCCCGACUUAGGGGUGCCUGAAUCACCCACCCCCUUCCUUGCUUUUCUUUUCAUGAUAAGGGAGUCUGGCUUCCUCAACUAUGAGCAGGAGCCUGUAGUCAUUCAUUGCAGGGCUGGUGUUGAUGCCUCAGGUACCUUUGCUCUGAUUGAUAGUUGCCUGGUUCUUAUGGAGAAGAAAGAUGAUCCCUUUACCCUAAACAUUAAACGAGUAUUAGUGAUCAUGAGAAAGUACCGUAUGGGGCUUGUUCAGACCCCAGACCAGCUAAGAUUCUCAUAUAUGGCUAUUAUUGAAGGGGCAAAAUACCUCAUGGGAGAUGAAAGUGUCAAGAAAAAGUGGAAAGAUUUUAAUUGUGCAGAACAAGGCCCCAGUUAUUUCUAUGGUGAUAUACCACCUCAAAGAUACAGAAGAUUUAGGCUGGUCUUAGAAAAGGAUGAAGGAGAAUCACAGCUAGAUCUUUUCAGUCUAGCUUCUGAAAUGCCAAAUAGUGGAGAAGACAAUAGUGAAAAUUCUCUGAAACGGCUUAGAGAAGCCGGAAAAUCUAAUAUAGAGGAGGAAGAGCUUCAGAACAAAGAAAAGCCAUGUGAGAUUAAAACCAAAAGAAAAAGGAAAAAGGUUAACAAGUGAGGCCAAGUAAGUUUAAUUUUGAAAGGGACCCAGGCUUAAUAUAAGACUAAUAUUUUAUAGCCAUUAGUUCUGAACCAUUUAGAGUCAUAAACAAGACUUGAAACUUUUCUCUGAGGUCUAAUAUGUCUAAAGUGUCUCACAGUUAUCAGUUUCCAAAAUUAAUUUUAUACC